GAACUCUUCCAUCCCCAAAACUUCCCUCCGUCACUCAUGCAACCCUCGAGCAUUCGGUUACCCCGGAGUACGCCAAACGCUUCCCAUAAGCACACAAUACACGCCCGGAGGCCUAUGGGACCAGCUCCGUAAUUAAUCCGAACAUCAUCAGCGUUAGCCUGGCCUUCCAUCUUUGAAGGAUGCGACGGGCGCAUUGCGGGCCACGGUAUGACCGAUAGUAUAGCACCACAGCCGCCACUCGAGCAAACAGAAGCAGAUGUGUCCGAGCAUGCGUCUGCUUCCAUUGUCGCCAACGGACACGUGCCGACGGAUAGGAUAUCAGCAUUAACGGCGAAUGCUGCACCGAUCGGCUCUAUCGAUCCCGAUAGCCGCGAGGAUGGAUCGCACGCUACAGUACUAGAGUCCGACAACGCUGUCACUCACAACGGCGGGAAUGACGAUGCUGCGUCUGAAGCGGAGACGCUUAUCCAGACGCCGGUUAAAAAACGAGUAGCGGAGAGGCAUGCUGGUGCGACGAUGGCUGAGAAGCCGGCGAAGAGUCGCAUAGGUGGCCUGCCUGUACCUGGUGAUGAUGACGAGGAAAGCGAGUCUGUGGCAACGCCAAUGCAGAGUACCGAGCUUGGGGACGCCAAGGCCAGCAGGGACGCCAAGGACGAGCUGCCCGACGAGAUGGACAUGGCCAGUGAUCAAGGCGAAGAUGACAGUGGAUCUCUGAGCUCGCCACAAUCUCCUGCUUUGACUGGCGUCUCGAUGGCAUCUGGUCGAUCGCGUGCCUUAUCUGAAGAACCUGAUCUUGAUCGUGGGAUAGAGACAUCGGAUAAUCCUCGUAAAAGGAAGUUCCGCGCUUCGUCCGUGUCGCUGCCUAACAAACGUCAGAGCAUGGAUCCACCAAAGCGUCGCUUACGCGGCAUGCAGUCUGAUGAUAAUCGAACCAUGCCGGAAAGGUCACCGUCUCCGAAGCCACGAAGUCACCGCCGAGCUGUAUCUACGCAGUCAGCAUUCAUGGACGGCUCCGCCGAGAUCGCUGGGAAGAAGCGCCAAACACUAGCGCACUUUCCAGUACGAGAUCCGAAAGUGAAGGCUGCGUGGGAAGAGUCUGAUGCUUCUUCCGAAACUACGUCCCAUGGACAAGUCGAUGUGAGAAGGCCGCAGCGUGGCGUUGGCAGAUCAACGUCUACCCCUGGCCGUCCUACCGGACCGCACAAGCGCCACGUCAACAAAUAUGGCUUUACUAAGCUGGCUGAAGCAUGCGAGAGUGCCGAUAUGGAUGCCAUCAAAGAAUGGAUGGAGAAGGAUCCAGAUCAAUUAGAACUUGCAGAAUUUGCAGGCAACAAGCCGCUGCAGAUCGCAGCCUUGAACGGAAACGUGGAGGUGGUUGACUAUUUGAUCAAACAAGGCUGCAAAAUCGACUGCGCCAACGUCGACAAAGACACUCCGCUCAUUGAUGCUGCCGAGAACGGCCAUCUGGCAGUGGUCGAGAAGCUCUUGGACGCGGGCGUUGAUCCGCUGCGUCAGAAUUUGAAGGGACAGCAGGCGCUUGACGUGGUGACCGAUGAGACUGAGGACGCCGAUGAGAUCCGAACAGCACUGCGUGAAGCUAUAGAGCUUUGGAAUAGUGAAGAUGCGAAGCAGAAGCGUGAAGAAGAGGAGGAGCAGCGCUACAAUGCUGGACCAUCCAAAGAGCUUCACUUCAUGGCGCGGACGUAUGAAAAUCUUCUCCGCCUGGUCACGAUUAACGAUCGUAACGGAGUCCGAGAGUUUCUCGACGCUCGCGUGCCGGUCGACAACAACAUUAUCGCAGCAGCGGCGAAGACUGGCGACCAGUACCUUGUGAACAUGCUGUUGGCCGAGAUGACUGAAAAGAAGGCUUACCAAAAGGCCGAAAAGCCGAUGCUUGCCGUUCUCGGUACCAGCCAUUUUGAGAUGGUGCAAAUGCUGACCGCGUUGGAUCCAUUCAACCCGAUAUGGAGGAGCAGAUCUGGGAAGUCCUGGCCCGAGCUCGCCGAUGAGAAGAAUGGCCCGAACAGGGCUCGUGAGCGGGAGCUGCUGCAGAAACUGUACGACGGUCACACUCGAGCUUUAGGCCGCCGCAGCUCAAGUCCAGUCACUAAGCGUGAAUAUGGGAAGCGCCGGCCUAUCAAGCAUAACGGUAGUGAAGACGAUGAGGAGGAAGAUGGGGGCCACGCUAUGCCUGUACGCAAGAACGGUCGAAGACUGAUGUCACGAAGAGACAUGCGGAAAGCACACUCCGAUUACGAGUCCGAGGAUGACGACUCCGCGUCUGAUACUGCGGUGGCCACGGCAGAUGCUCAUGUUCGUCGGCAUUCCAUGAAACCACCCGAUAGUCCGAAUCAACAACACAGGAUCGGUCAGCCUCGCAGGAAAAGCAUGUCCUCGCAGCCGAGCGAUCCUUCGCCACGAAAUCGGCGACGGUCCUCUUCGCUACGUGGCCCUCAGGAUCCAGCUCUCCCGACUGUGCUCGAGCGUGUCGAGGGCGUGGAACGUGUUCGUGUAAUGAGGGCAGAUAGAGAGAUGCAUGUGAAGAGACCUGAGGAGCAGCGCAAUGACGAAGGUACCGCUCAUGCCGAAGCAAAGCGCAUUGAGGCCGAAGCAAAGAGGAUAGUGGAGGAGGGUGAAGCAGAAGAAAUGCGAAGGCAAGAAGAACAUGAGCGCAAACAGGCCGAAGAGGCUCGCAAGGUGGCCGAAGCGGAGGAGGCGCGCAAAGCUGAAGAGGAAGCAAAGGUCGAAGCGGAGCGCCUGCGCAUGGAGCUUGAGAUGGAAGGUGCUAGGUCCAGCUUCCGUCGAGAUGUACUUGCAACGUUGCCUGAAGAGAUGUCAAGAGUGCUGGAUCCGACAGCGACAAUCAGACUGGAAGGACCGCAGGCGCGUCAGCACGUUUGGCGUUUGUGUACGCCGAUUUACGUAGUCUCCGAGACCGAUGGCGCUACCGCGGAAGAUUGCUGGAUCCUGAAUCUGCAAGCAGCGCUUCUUCUUGGCAAGCGCGGUCUGGAGUUGCUUCUCCCGCAAGAUAAUCUUGGCUUUGAGCGGACUUUCUCCAGGGGCUGGGCGACAAGAAGCAAUCUCUCGCAACAAGAGCAGAAGAACGUGGAAUAUGUGCUGAACCGUCUUGCUGUCACGAGCCGGAUGCUGCGAGAAGCACAAGCGGUGGAUCGCGAUGGCGACAGCGGGAUGACCAACGCCCAAAGCUUCCAAGCCGAGCUUGAGCAGGCGGCAGAGCGUUUGCGGGCCACCGCUUAUGCCGAAAGAACCCUCAACAAUGGCUUGGUGAGAUUGGAGGUCGUCAGGUUGUUGGACGUCCUCGGUUCGAUGGAUCCACUGCUGAAGCACUGCACCUUCCAACUUCGGCUCUUGAGUCCCAGCAAACCGUCACCAGCCGUUCGCACAAGCCCUGGCGAGCCGUAUCCCAGCCGACUGGAUGCGUGGCGGCAACCCUUUCCCAUCAUCAGGGAGGUCAGAGCUGGACGGUUGGUUGAAGCACCCGAGCCAAUGGCGGGCAAGACGCAGCUGUAUGUUGCUCAUGAGAAAUGAAGAACAAUUGUACCUCAGACGGAUGCUGUAUGUAGACUGGUCGACAAAUAUCAAUGUACAACUCGAUGCCACAGUGUUCGCAGUCUGUCGCGCUGUCGUGCAAACAGAUGUUUUAAAUUAGCGGCGCCAUCGUGGCGUUCAUGCAAGCUACGGCGGUGAUGCGAGAGCAGAUCUGCCUGAUACAACACCCUCAGCGAGACUUGUCGACUGAGGAGGUAACACUACACCAAA